AUGUCGCAGACCCGGUCCGCCGGAUCAAAUGGCUCGGUGGAUCCACGUAGCAAGCAUUUCUGGACUACCAGGGACAUGCCCCCGCAGGACGGCAAGGUGGUGAUCGUGACUGGGGCGUCCAGUGGGAUGGGAUGGUACUGCGCACAAGCACUGGCUGAGCACGGAGCGCACGUCAUCAUUGCUGCCCGAAGCCUGGACAGAUGCCAGACCGCAGCUAAGCUCAUCGAGGAGACUGGAGUGCGCGGCAAAGUGGAUGCAAUGCACCUAGACCUCUCCUCUUUCAGGUCGAUCGUGAACUUUGCGAACGAGUUCAAGGCAAGGAACCUGCCGCUCCAUACGCUGGUGAACAACGCCGGGGUGUUUCUGGUGCCUUUCGACCACACGCAGGAGGGCUUUGAGACCACCGUGGGCAUCAACUACUUUGGCGGCUUCCUGCUCACCCACCUGCUCAUGGACAAGCUCAAGGAGACGGGGCCUGGUGCCAGGCGAGUUCAAACUUGCACUCGGGUGGUGUCCAUGGCGUCACUAUUUGAGCUGCUGGGCAGCGUCAACUGGAGCGACCUGGAGGGCAAGUCUGCCAAGGAGAGUGGCCUCUUCGAGUACAGCAGCUCUAAGAUCGAGGUCAUCAUGUUUGUCCGCGAGCUCAACAAGCGCCUCAGGGGCAGUGGUGUGGAGGUGUUUGCGUCGCAACCGGGCCUGGUGCAGACGCAGCUCAACAUGCGCAAGCUGGACCACGGCAAACUCACAGCAAAUUUGGUUGACCUGGCCACGCGCGUCUACGGCCAGCGCGCUGACAAGGCCUCCCUCUGCCUCCAGCGGCCCGCCUCAGACCCCACCGUCGAUGGCUACGGGGGCUCCUACUUCAGCCCGCCCUGGCUGUGGUUGCUGGCCAUCAACCUAGACCACGCAGGCAUGCGCGAGCCGGGCAACUCCCUGGCGCGCGACGAGGCGGCCUGGGCGCGGCUGUACAACCAAACGCUGCUCAUCGUCAAUUCCAAGCUGCAGGAGAAGAAUCUGCCCACCAUUGAGUCCGUUUAA